CUCUUUUGUUUUAUUUGCUGAUUAGGCAAUUAUAAGCUGUAUAUAGGAUCUGCUGCCUCUGAUAUUGCAUUUCAAAGAGGCUUUUCAUUGAGCGAAAUGGGAAAGAUCACUUUUUUCGAAGAUAAAAACUUCAAAGGUCACUCUUUUGAGUGUAACAGUGACAACAAUGAUCUGCAGUCUCAUUUCAGUCGUUGUAACUCCAUUAAAGUUGACAAUGGCUCUUGGAUGAUUUAUGAGCAUGCAAAUAACAAAGGACACCAGUAUUUCCUUAAACAAGGAGAGUAUCCUGACUAUCAACACUGGAUGGGAUUCAAUGACAGCAUAAGUUCUUGCCGCAUGAUCCCCCAGUACACCGGCUCCUUUCUGAUUAAAGUUUAUGAGAAAGAGGAUUUCCGAGGUCAGAUGCUAGAAUUCAUAGAAGACUGUUCACAUGUCUUUCAAGAAUUCAAUAACCAUGAAAUACACUCUUGCAAUGUCAUUGAAGGCCACUGGAUCUUUUAUGAGGAGUCUAACUACAGAGGGCGCCAGUAUUACCUGAGACCAGGAGAGUACAGAAGGUUCAAUGACUGGGGUGCCUCUAAUGCCAAAGUAGGGUCUUUUAGAAAAGUAAUGGAUCUUUACUAGAAAUGAAACACCCUGUCAUUUCUGAUUAAAACAAUCUUAUAAAAUGCA